AUCACGAAAGCUAACAUUUAUGUGCAAAACAGAUAUUUAAAGUGAAUCGCUUCGGUACUUUUUCUGUGCCGUUGCUACUUCUUUGAUUGAAGCAAGGAUUUUUUUACAUUGAAUGAAACAAUCGCAUGUGGAUAAUCUCGAUAUACGUGGAUCACCGAAAUUUUAAUGGUAACUAACACUUUCGUGAAUGCUAAUAUAAGCUUAGGAGUGAAGUUUGUUGAAAAUUGAUAGAAACAACUAUCAUUUCGUGUUUGUAUCCGUGCAUUAAAGUCAUCAUUUUAUACAACUAUACAAGAAUACCAAACCUCAUUCUGUCUACGAAAGAAAAAAAUCGUGUUAAACUUCAAUUUUCACUGUAUCACCACGGACUGUUUCAUCGAGUGGAUCUCAAAUAAAUGCAAGUAACUCUGCGAUCGAUAUCAUCUAUAUACCGAAAUCAUGGAUAGAAACACCGAAGUCGUCAUCUCAGGAGCUGCCGGAGUAUUUCCUGAGUGUAAAGGCAUUCUGGAACUUGAGGAUGCACUUUUCCGGAAAGCUCACCUCAUCACGGACGAUCAUCGAAAGUGGAAACAAAAUUAUGAUAUACCGACUUAUUGCGGCAAGGCGUUCUCCCCGGCAAAGUUCGAUGCAACCUUCUUCAACAUUCAUUACGAGUUUCCCUCUUCCAUGGAUCCUAUUAUGAGACAAUCAUUGGAGACAUGCACGGAGGCUAUCAUUGAUGCAGGUGUCAAUCCAAAAACAUUAGCAGGGACUAGAACCGCAGUUUAUUCUGCGUACGAAUCAAGUGAAUCUGAACUCGCCUUGGUCCUCGAAGAUAACGUCAAUACCGCAAGAGAGUUAAAUGCCAUAGCUGGAACCUACAGGGCCUAUUCGGCGAACAGACUUUCAUUUGGAUUGAAUUUUGUUGGUGAGCUUCUGUUCCAAGUCAUAUUUUUUAAAGUUCAGAUAUAUGAUAAAAUAUCGAUAUCACGUGAAAGAAACCCAUAG